AUGUUAAAUCUCGAAUCGGUUGCAGAAUGGGAUAACCUGGACACGGACGAGCAAGUCGGUCUGUCUUUAUACCCGACAUUGGGGAACACGCUGGAGGGAACUGUGGACCCCAACUGUCGUCAGCAGUCUCCAAUGCGACUAUUUGCAGUCCAUGACCAAAAGGAUUUUGUGGAUUGUGGCUGUGUGGACAAAAGAUGCGAGCUAUUGGGCCCGGCGGCCUCUAGACCGUUGAGACAAGGGAACUUGUCCUCUUUCGGAGGAGAAGGCUUGUUGCAAAGAGACCAGAACCGUCGGCAUUGCGCAAUGCACUCUGCCUUCUCCGCUAUGUGGCAAAAAACCGAUUGGAUGAACAUCCAAACAGAGACAUUACCUGGGGAGGUGUCAACCAUGUGCACUAACAAUUCCGAGCGUGCCGUUAGAGACUUUCAAUAUGAUGAAUUUAAUGCGGUUCGUCGAAUAUUCAAAAAAUUUGAAGAUGUACGAACCCUUGUAGAAGAAGUCGACCAAUUAGAAGAGGAUGGGUCCAACUGGUUCGCGUGGUUACACACAUGCAGCAUCGCCAUUGAAUAUAUCACAGGCUGCCAGGAUUACCUCUCCGGCAUGAGGCCAAUCAUCCGCACGGCUUGUGCACUGGUCAUUGACCGAUGCGCUCUCAAUAUGAUCCGGCGAACUAUUCACAAGAAUCUGGAACACGUCGUUCAGGAUUGUCUCAGAUGCCACGUUGCCAAAUAUCGCCUGCGUCAACACUUUGAUCCAUCUAGGAGCGGCCGGGUGUUCAGGUGA